AUGUUCAAACGUUUGCGCGAAACCAGUAAUGGCGUUGAGCAGCCAAAGAAGCAUAAUGAAUUCUUCGGAGCAAUACAUCAUCAUGUCUAUACAGGUGUGGAAAAGACAAUCUUGGGAAAAGCAGCUAUCAAACAGAAACAUUACGAGGAUUGCUGUUUGGGAAGCAUUCAAAUUGAAUUGGUACUAGGAGUCGGAUUGUUUGAUUUAAGAGAGACACCUGUAAUGAACAAGAUGCUUAUUUGCAAUGGCUUGGGACAUAGAGGCACUCUGUUAGGAACCAAAUUUGUAGUCUCUGUCAGUAGGUCUCUUCUUUCCAGCUCUUACUCUGGCAUGAUGCUAAUUGGAUAUGAGCCAGGAAGAUCCAAUAUUUGCCGAGAGUACCUUGGGCGACAUGUGAACCAUUCGACGCUCGAGCAAUGGGCUUUUUCAAAAUCCAUUAUGCUCAAGCGGGUGGCUGAGCCUAAGGAAGACAGCAACAAUAGAGAUCCGGGGAAGAUGAGACAACAACAGAUCGUGAAGCAGGACAAAGGUAGGGAUUCGGUCCGUUGGCUGUUUUCAAACUUUCGAACGGGCAGCAAGGAUGCUCCGAAGGACAAUAACACCGUCGAUGCUAUCAACGCAUCGCGGCAGAUAUAUUUCACUCACCCCGCGGAUCCAGAAUCCGAGAGGAGCGUAGGCGAGACCAAAGACUUGAUUCAAACUCACAAGUUCGCCCAGAGCUCUUAUAUGAUAUCGACGUCAUACGGAGAUAUCGACCCUAUAAGCUUCUUAAACAAUGUCAGCUUUGAAAUUGAUACGAGCAAACUAUACUACGAUGCAGAUGACUUAUCUUUCGACGUCACUGGAAGGGCAGGACUUUCGAUGAUGGUGAUGUACGUAACUCGCUUGGCAAAUUCGAUGGACAUCUGA